UUUUUUGUCCAAUAGAUGGCAGUAUAUAGCGUAACCAUGCCCUGACAGCAGCCAUUAUCCCUCAGAGAAAAAGAUGAGUUUCCAUGGAGACUCCGUGGUUUGAAGUGGAGCUAACUAGGCUAGAGCAGCGAAAGUGAACAGCUUUUCCUUGGGAACAUCCAACAACAAUUCGUGUCGGAUUGAAAACAGUUUAUGAGCUGCUCUACUUAACGUCGGUCACUAUGUCCUUCAGAGACUCCAGAAAUUUCACUGAAAUGAUGAGGGCCUUGGGCUAUCCUCGGCUGAUAUCGAUGGAAAACUUCAGAACUCCAAACUUCUCUUUAGUAGCAGAAAUUCUAGUAUGGCUUGUUAAGAGAUACGAACCCCACAUGGAUAUACCUACAGAUGUGGAUACAGAGUCAGACAGGAUUUUCUUCAUUAAGGCUGUGGCACAGUUCAUGGCUACCAAGGCUCAUAUCAAGCUGAACACAAAGCGUCUCUACCAGGCUGAUGGUUACGCAGUUAAGGAGAUGCUGAAAAUCACAUCAGUUUUAUACAGUGCCAUGAAGACCAAACAGUUGACCUUGGGAGAAAGAGUGGAGGAGGAAAACAGCAAGUUUAAGUUUGAUCUCGGUUCACGGGUUUCAGACCUGAAAGCAGCCCGACAGCUGGCCUCGGAGUCCACAGCUAAAGGAGCAUCUUUAUAUGAUUUACUGGGAAAAGAGGUUGAUCUGAGGGAAAUGAGGACUUCAGCGAUUGCCAGACCUCUGGAGAUCAACGAGACAGAAAAGGCCCUGAGAGCAGCUAUCAAGGAGGUGUUGGAAAGUGUGGAGAAGACCAAAGAGAUGCUGAGUAAUGUUGUGUCAGAUGAAAGCAGUUUGGAUGCCAAGAUAGAGAAGAAGAAACAGGAAUUGGAGAGGAACAGGAAGAGGCUUCUGACUCUGCAAAGUGUCAGGCCGGCUUUCAUGGACGAAUAUGAGAAAAUUGAGGAAGAUCUGCAAAAGCAUUAUGACGUCUAUGUGGAGAAGUUCAGGAACCUGUGUUUCCUGGAGUCUCAGCUGGAUGAAUACCACAGACUGGAGCAGGAGAGGUUUGAGGAGGCUGAGAACACUCUGAGGAUGAUGCAGCACAAACUGAGAGAUGAGGAGAGAGACAUGAUGAGGAGCUCCUUAAAAGAUGAGGAUUCUGACAUGGAGUUUCCAGAGGACGAAGGCUCGGACAGUGACAUCGAAGAGUCGAGACCUUCAAAGCCACAGCUCAUGCGGAAUAGCAUGUUAGCAGGAACAGGAAGUCGUUUUGUUGGGACCAUGCAGGGAGGUAACAGUGAUGAGACUGAGGACAGCGAAAUAGAUGUUGAUGAGGAUGAUGAAGAAGAUGAAGAUGGUGAGGAGGAAGAAAGCAGGGAUUUGGACAAUGACAGUUUGGAGGAAUCGGUGACCAAGGGGCCUCACAACUCCCUCGGAGGAAUUGGACCGCCCCUGUUGGAUGAAAGUGACAACGACUUCUGAAACUACUCUGUACUACUCUUUAACAUUUGUAUAAUUUUGUUUCCUAAAAUAAAAUAAUAACAGUAAUUAGGUUA